AUGAUGUGAGGUAAAUGCUAUUGAUGAACGUGUUUUUGUGGCGCGAUAUGAACUCGUUAAGAUCGGGUUUAUCGUGUUGUUUUGUACUGUUUUCUUAAAAGCUGUACAACUGCUGUUGAUUUGGUGAUAAAAAGUAAGUGAAUCAUAAAAUGACGUCGGAAUUAGAUAAAAGUUUAACAUCCAUGGAUUGGUUACCAAGGUUAAAUGUCCAAGGAACUUUGAAAGGAGAGCAUACUUCUUGCGUCAGUUGUGAUAAUAAAAAUAACACGUUGUGUUGUACUUGUAGUAAGAAUCAGAAUUGUUCCGACUGUUCAGUUUCUUCAACAACUAAAGAUUCUAGUCAGAAGGAUGGAAAACCACCUUAUAGCUAUGCAAACUUGAUAUCAUUCGCCAUAAAUAGUUCACCUAAGAAAAAGAUGACUCUGAGUGAAAUUUAUUCAUGGAUAUGUACAAACUUUCCGUACUACAGAGAAGCAGGGAAUGGUUGGAAGAAUUCCAUUAGGCACAACUUGUCUCUCAACAAAUGUUUUUGCAAAGUUCCUCGUUCUAAAGAUGACCCUGGAAAGGGUUCUUACUGGGCAAUAGACCACAACCCUUUAAACAGUCUACCAAAGAAGAAGAAACAGAGUGAUAGAGUAAGUCCGUACAGUCCUGAAAUUAGCUCUAUUAGUGGUGUUCCCACUCAGUCCCAGUUCACUGUUCCACUGCCCUUACCUAGUCAAGUCAACCUUCAGACUCCUUUAAGAGUAGAAAGAGGUGGAAAGCCAAGCCUUCAAAGUCUGAGUGAGCCCUUCCCAACAGUAUACAAAAAUGUAUGUGAUGUGGAAGGAGACCAGAAUUCAGAGAGUGAUCUUGGUUUUACUUCCACUGCAAUACAGAAUCGGCUGGAGAAGAACUCAACAUACUUUGUAUCAGAUAUGAACAGAAUUCCUAAUAUCUUCUCUGUAGAAGAGCAAGAUCUGUUGAAGGAGUCGGCCAAAGGUACUGGAAAUGGAAGUCUUCAGGAUAUUGAUAUGUCACAAUUUCAAGCCAUGAUGGAAAGUAUGAAGUCAAUUGACCCAACAAACCAGGAAAAACUAGCCGACCUAGCUUCAUCGAUCAAUACUUUACUGGGACAAGCCUGUCUUGGGUCAGUUGGCCCUUUCAACUCUGCUUCAUCUUAUCCAGGAAUUAUACCCAUCUCUGUGUCUGGUCUAGAAAAUUACCAUUUCUCGCCGAGUCAGGCCUCUAGUUGUCUUCAGUCUGUAAGGACUUACCCUCAUAUGAAAGAUGUUAACAGUCCAGCAGGGACAUUUUCCUCAGAAAACAGUAAUCUCUCUUAUGGAUCAUAUUCAGAGAUGAGCCCACUGGCAGUUCCUCAUUCAGUUCCAACAUUAACUCCCAGCCAUCAGUCAACAUUUUGUGAAGAUGAUGACAUUGAAGAUGAUUUUAACUGGGACAAGCUGCUGUAACUUCUUCAUCUCACCAGUUCCAACAUUAACUCCCAGCCAUCAGUCAACAUUCUGUGAGGAUGAUGAUGAUGACGACAUUGAAGAUGAUUUUAACUAGGAUGAGCUGCUGUAAAUUCUUCAUCUUACCAGUUCCAACAUUAACUCUCAGUCAUCAUUCUAUGAGGAGGAUGACAUUGAUGAUGAGUUUAACUUGGAUGAGCUGCUGUAAACUUCAUUUUGCUAGUUCCAACAUUAACUACCAGUCAACUGUCAACAUUCUGUGAGGAUGAUGACAUUGAAGAUGAUUUUUAACUGGGACAAGCUGCUUCAUUGUGUUGACAAUUUAAUACUCUCAGAGAGAGAAAUCCUUCACUGUUGUGUUUUACACCAACUUUUUUUUUGUGUUGGUAUGAGACAAGUGAGUUGUUGACAUUUAAAGAUAAUUGCAAGUUGAACAAUAGAGUAUUUUACUGAAAAAUGUUGCAAAACUCAGCAUACUUAUGUGUGCCACAAUUUAUUUUAUAGAAGCCUUUUAACUUGUACUGUUAUAUCUGUGUUUGUAUGAUAACAUUUUAUGAGUUAUUUAAUAUUCUAAUUUUAGAAUGUUUGUUACUGAUGUAGUAUUUAUGAUAAAUCAGGCCAGUAUUUCUCUGUUGUCGUAUAGAAGCUGCAUGUAUGUAUAAUUGAAUUUGUACAUACUUGUGUGAUUUGUUUCUACGUGUAGGUGUAGAUAGCCGAAUCCGUCCAACAUGUUGAAAUUAUUGUUUAUCAUUUAUAUUUACUACUGUCUUUAGUAUUUGAAUUUCUUAGUAACUUAGUUUUCUGAACUCUUUAAAAAAAGUAAUAAAUUACCUUCAGUUUGCUUGUUCACAUUUUUAUCUGGAUGGAGUACAUUCAUGUCAGUAAGCCUUACCAGUAAUAUUUGUGGCAAAAUAUAUAAAUGUUAACAAACACAAUAAUUGUUUGUUUGGCAUCUGACAUAUCUUCUGGAUUUAUCAUUAAUGUUAGUAGUAAGGUAAUGUGUAUUAUUUUUAACCAAUAUAUAUGUGCUAGGUAAACUUUUCUAUUUAAAACAAUGUUGGGUUUUAAAAAUCAGAUUACUAAUGUGUAUUGAGUGUACAGAAGAUGGUAGCUGAUGGCAAAUUGAAGAAAACAUUGAUAAUCUGUGUUUAUGAUUAGCUGAUGACAAUAGAUCAUAGCUUAUGAUAACAAUUGUUACAUGUCAAUAAAAUGCCUGUAAGUAUAUCAUUAUUUGGAGGUAUUAAUAAUGCCUACCUGUAAGUAUAUCAUUAUUUGGAGGUAUUAAUAAUGCCUACCUGUAAGCUUUACUGUACACACAAUUUAUUUAUUUGAAAGCCCAAUGAAAAAAAUUUGCCAAAAUGUAGAAAAAAACAUUAUUUCCUGUGGAUGGUGUAUUGUUUACAAUCUGUAUUAAAAAAAAAAAUACGGGAGAUAAAACUAGUUUUGGUAAUAAGCAAUUUUAAAUCCAAAGUUAAAAGGUUUCCUCAUUCAAGAAAAACUUGCCUAUGAACACUCAUUACAAUAAAAUGUCAGUUUGCCAUUUUCUGCACAAGAAUUUUUUUUCUUCCCAAUAUAAAACAAUUAUUAAUAUAUUUGUAUAGCCUUGGAUUUUUUAUUUCCAAGUACAGUUUUAUAAAUCAUAGUACAUUCUAGUCUCUUUUUUCACUUGUUUCACAUGACUGUGAUCCUUUGAAAACGUAUGUAUUAGAAGUAUGUUUAAAACCAGAAUGUUUUAGCUAUACAUACAUUGUAAAGGUUAAGUAUUCAGUAGCAUUAUUAUUAUGUUCUCUGACUAAUGCACCAGUUGUUUGUUGUAGUGCUGAUUGUUAAAACUGUUUUAUUAAUAUUAAUGUAUAAAAUUUGUUGAGAUGAAAUUUAAUUAAUUUGUAUUGAAAAUGAAUUAAAUAUCAAAAAAUUUACAUAUUUUUUGCAGUAACAAUAUCUGAUCUGACACCAAUUAUCUUUCUUACAUAAAAUUCUUUAAAUAUUAAGUGAAGAAUAGUUUUUUCAAUUGCAUUUUUUCCAGUAAGUCAAGACAUGAUCACACGAAGGUUUAUUGUGAAAAAAACACACUCAUCUUUGAUAAGUAAUCUUUAAAAAGGAGGUUGAAUCUUUGUAAAAGUCAUGAUAAGCAAAUUGAGCUCUGAUUAUUUAGAGAAAGCAGUGUUUAUUAAGUUAGAUCUUACCAGAGCAGUAGUGUUUGUACUUUUUUCAUACUGAAGCUAAGAAAGUGACAAAAAUAUGCUGCACAGUGAUGGUUUAACCCUUUAUGCCUAUUCAAGAUGAAUAGGUCAUAAAUUAAACUAUCUUGUAUACAUAUAUAUAUAUGUUAGGCUUGGAAGCUAGCUUGCAUUGUCUCUUUUUUAAGCUUGAGUUCUUCAGGUUACAUGUUGGUCAGAAUGAAAUGAUAUUGUAAUGUCCAGAAGAGGAAUUUUUUGUAGAUUCUUACAGUUGUCAAUGGCUUAGUUUGAUGAGAAGCUAAUAGGAGAGCCAUUUUUAUUCCCCAGCUUUGUUUAAAUAGUACUGUAGCUUGUUUUUUACCAAACUGUAUAAAACAUAUCCCUGACUUGAAUUAUGAGAAAGUUUGCAUGGAUAAAAUAUAAUAAAUUUGUGUUUAUUCUAGUAUGUAACUUGUGUCUGUUAUACAAGUCUAAAGUUUAAAUAUAUUUCAAUGCCAAAGAUUUUGUUGAAAAU